GGGUAUUCCCUUUCCAAGCUGUUUGCGCAGUAGAAUUUGUGUUUACUUCUGCGUAAUGCUAGGAAUAGACGUGUCGUCUACUUGUGUCCUAUAUUCCAGUUCAUGUACUACACAUAGAAAUAAACGAGUUCUAGCAUGAAGCCUCUCUUGACUUACCUAUGACAUCGUAAGACAAUAUGUACAAGUAUUCAAGAUGUGAACGCACUUGUAAAUUGAUAAGGUUGAACUUUGUCUUGGUGCAUAUGUUGACAGUGGCCCGACUAUAAGUCAGUACUGUGACACAACACAACAGGACAAUCCUGUGAUUCACCUGCCAAGCGUUACCUUGACGUCACAAAUUCCAAAAGCCAAUCAUUGAUAAGAUGACGGAAUUUGAAAAUUUAAACCUAAAUAGUUCAUGUUUGAAAACUGAAGAUCAGGUCAAUGGAGUUACCAUGGACGGCAGAAAAGUAAAAAAUGCUAAUGGUAUGAGCUAUCCCACGGUCUAUGUCAAGGCAAAUGACAGACGAUCAGAUGUUGCCAUCCAAGAAACUGUGGACCUACCAUCAAAAGAAAUCAUCAGGAAGAUUUUCAACGACCCCAUCCACGGGCACCUGGAGCUCCACCCCGCCUGUGUGGCCAUCAUCGACACCCCCCAGUUCCAGAGGCUGCGGUACCUGAAGCAGCUGGGCAUGGUCUACUACGUCUACCCUGGGGCGGCCCACAACAGGUUCGAGCACUGCUUGGGAACCUCGUACCUAGCUGGACAGUUUGUCAGGAUAUUACGUCAGAACAUGCCGUACCAUGGGAUUGAUGAGAAAGACAUUUUGUGUGUGGAGAUCGCUGGACUGUGCCAUGAUUUAGGUCAUGGCCCCUUGUCUCAUUUGUUUGACCAGAAAUUUAUUCCUGCAUAUUGCAAAGGAACAAAAUGGAAGCACGAGCAGGCCUCCGUGGAGAUGUUCGACCAUCUCGUGCAGGAGCACCGUCUGAUGGACGAGAACGGGAAGUUGCGAGAGUUUGGUCUAGACAACAGGGACCUGAUGUUUAUCAAGGAACAGAUCGCGGGAGUUAGAUACAACGAUACAGGGGAGUGGAUGUGCACUGGCAGAGGGAAGGAGAAGGCGUUUCUUUAUGAGAUCGUAUGUAACCAGCGUAACGGAAUCGAUGUGGAUAAAUUCGACUAUUUUGCUAGAGACUGUCACCAUCUUGGCCUAAAAAACAACUUUGACCACUUCCGGUUCAUGAAGAUGGCCCGGAUUUGUGAGGUGGAUAGCCAACUUCAGAUCUGCAUUCGAGACAAAGAAAUCAGCAACUUAUACAACAUGUUCUACUCCAGGUAUACUCUACACAAAUACGCCUACCAGCAUAGGGUUAAAAGUGCUAUAGAGACAAUGGUACUGCAUGCUAUGAUGAAAGCCAACAAUGAUGUUCUAUUUUAUGGAAAAAAUAGCCAGCCACUCCGGAUGUCCGAAUGUAUCCACGACAUGGCUGCCUACACGAAGCUGACCGAUGACGUCCUCUUUAAGAUUCUUUACUCAGACGUCAAAACAAAGGACCUUGAGGAGGCCAAGGUCAUCAUCCAGCGCAUCUUCAGACGUGACCUGUACGUCUGCGUGCUGGAGACGAAACCGUUAAGCCCAGAAUUCCUUCAGACGCUGAAUGAAGAUGACCUCAAAGAGACGAUCCUGGCGUACGUCCGGCCCGGGGUCAUUGUGGGGCAAGAUGACCUUGCUUUUCACACUUCCUACCUCGACUUCGGCAUGAAGGACAAAAAUCCAAUAGAAAGGCUGAACGUCUAUUCCAAAAGUGACCUCAAUAUCGCGCGUGCCUUGCCGAAAGACGAGGCCAGCCGAAUCCUGGGCCCGAGUAUCUUCAGUGAAGGGAUGCUGAGGGUCCUGUGUUGUAGUCCAGACAAGUGUAGAGUAGAAGCUCUGAGGGCAGCCUCAAGGAUGUGGUACGAGAAGUUGUACCAGCAGUCUGAUGACUUCAGCACUGGGGGACCCUCAAGUGAUGGGCCACCUAGGGCUGAGCCAUCUGUAGCUGAGCCAUCUGUAGCUGAUCCUCUCAGGACUGAACCGUCCUGGGUUGAUCCAACUAGAGUUGAGCCAUUCCGAGCACCCACAUUCAGAACUGAACCUUCCACGGCUGAGCCAACAAGAGUUGAGCCAUUCAUGACUGAGCCGUCCUGGGCUGAGCCAACUAGAGUUGAGCCAUUCAGAGCGAUGUCAUGCAAUGGUUUACCAGCUAGAGCCGACCCAUUUGUAGUUGAACCAGCCAGGAUUGAACCAUCCACCACUGACCACAGUGCGACAACAGCUUAUAAAAACACCAACGGGAACAACAACAACAUCUGCCAUGAGCCAAUGAACACAGAAGAGCUUCACUCAAGACCAGUCAAACCUCACUCUAGUCAACCAACCCAUCACACCAAUGGCUACUCCAGCAAAACAAAACCAAACGGCAUUAAAACUCUCUCAGGGGACGAUCCUCUUAUAUCUACCAAUGGCGGUAUUACAAAACUGUCCAAAAAGUUGAGAAUUAAGAAAAAACGAUUCUCAAAAUUUUAAUAUUAGACAAAAGUAUGUUGAUUUACGAUAAACAAUUAGCAGGCAGCUAAUUAAUUUAAUAUCAAAAAUAUUAUUUGUAUUAAAUAUAUUUUUACAUCACUUGUAUUUAUCGAUUUCUCAUUCAGACCAGUCGGGAGAAGUGUGCCUUAUUUACCUCUUUUCAAAUCUCGCAGUCAACUUAGAAAUGAAAAACAGCUGAUUAGAGUUGUAAAACUUAGCGCUAACGUGCAUUGUCUUCCUUCACACAUCAUACAGUAACCCAUCUAAUUAUUGGGUCAACUUUUUAAAAGUUGCUUCAAACGUGCCCUAUUUAUUAUUGUUUAUCUACGUUAGACCAGUGGCGUA